UUUUGAUAAUUGUAUUGUUUUUCAUGAAUUAUAUCAGAUUUGGGAAAUGUUUUGUGAAGUGGAACUAGUGAGAGAUGUGAAAGUGGUGGCUGAAAAGGCAGAUAGAGAUGGUCUCAACUUCCAGAGGUACAUUAUGGCACGUCUAUUAGAGAACUUAUUGAAGGAGAGGGCCAGCAAAGACCAUGGCUAUUUUAUUGCUGUUACUAGCUUGAAGAGCAUAGGCAAGGGACAGUGCAAGAAUAAAUCUCAGUAUGUUACAUUCCCCAUUACCUUUGGCUGCCGAACCUUUGUGCCGUCAGGGGGAGAAAUCUUGCUUGGAGUUGUUCGUCACGUAUUUCGUCGCGGAUUGCUCCUAAAAUGUGGACCGAUCAACUACGUGUUUCUUUCAUCUCGUAAAAUGCCAACCUACCAUUAUGUUGGUGGUAAGAAUCCUGUGUUCUCAAGCAACGAAUUCGCCACUAUUCGAACCGAGAGCGCUGUACGGUUCAAUGUGCUUGGUGUGAGAUGGAUAGAGAAAAGAGGAUGCAUCAAAAAGGAGUUUGUGAUGCUUGCUAGCUUAGAAGGUAGCAACACACUUGGACCCAUUUCUUUGUCGGAAGCCGAUGAGUUAGGCUUGCAAACUUAGAACAACACACAAAUUUGGACGUCCGAGAGCAGGAUGCAUUGAAUCUUAUUAGUUGGAGAUGCAAGACAGUACUGUUCAAUCCAAAUAUAUCCCAUAUCAACUAAUCAAGCUUUUGGUAUUGAAGAUCCAAACAGAUGAUGCCAUAUUUCCAUAUUUCCAAUCACUGCUUUGGAUGUCUAUGUCUUACUAUCUAACCCAGUUCCAGUUGUUGCUGUUGUUUUCGUCGAACUCGAAUCAGAUUCGUUUACAACGACCUAUGAAAUAAGAACUUAUUGUUCAUCUCUACCUUUUAGAAAUUGAUGUAUUGUAAAAAAAUUAAAUCUUUUUGCAGCUUAAUUGACAAUUAAAAUAGUUGUUUCUAUUUA